CAGGGAGUUGUACCUCCGAACUUCAUCAACAGGAUCACUCAACACUACAAUACGCAUCGCCAUAUUCCGCAACAAUGGACGCCGAACUUGAAACCCGCUUCGGCAAGUUCGCCGACCAUGAUGGUGGCCUCCGACCAGAAGUUCUCGGCGAAUUGCAGUCGAUGCUCGGCCUCUACACGCUCGACCCGGAAGAGCUGUACUACAAAUGGGAGUCCUACUGCAUCAAGAUGACCCGGGAAGACAUGAAGCUCGAUUUGAAGACAGCGAAGGACUUCAAGAAGGAUAUCGAGGACGAUGUCGACCGCAAGAGCCGUAGUAAAGCUCAAGCGCACAGCAAUAGGAAGAGGCCUGGAGCCACGCCCCGCACUAGGGGGAAGAACGCGGACGUGUUUGGCAUGCUUGAUGGUAUAGUCCCCAACACUCCGCUCCCCAAUGGCAUGAAUGGCGUCAAUAGCAGUACCAUGAAGAGAAAGUCAAACUUCGAAACACCAUCGUCCAAAGUCGGCAAGAGCCAUCCUAUGAGCUCACCCGGCGGACCUCAGACACCCUUUUCUGGCUCAGAAGCAAAUGGACUGCAGACCUACGACUUUUCCGCUCGCAAGGACGUCGGCAAGAUUGAAGAGCAGCUGAAUGGACAUAUCGAGCUUGCAGAAGCCCCUGAGGAACACCCCAUGGAUUCGAGGUUGAAGCUGAAAACGAACACCGACAUGAAGAAGUUCUCGUACAAGACAAUGGCCAUGAAGCUCACAGAGGCGUCUGAGGUCCUUGACGACCGAAUUGACGAGUUCAAGGUUCUCGUGCAGGACCAUCACAAGCUGGAAGACUCUGCGUUUGGCAAUCCCGGAGUUCAGAGUACCAGCGAGAUUGUUGCUGUUGGGCGGAUAGCCUCAGACACCUACGGGGGUCGACUCACCAACGCAUCUUUGGUCCUUGAGUCCUCUCGUCGUAUGGGUUCUGGCAACCGCAUACCACUUCGAGUUGAUGCUGUCGAAGCCUAUAACUUCUUCCCUGGCCAGAUAGUAGCUCUGAGAGGAACGAACGCAUCCGGUGACUUUUUCACAGUCAACGAGAUUUUAUCCCUCCCGUUACUACCACAGGCUGCUACGAAACCUCAAGACCUCGAAGCCCUCAACGCCCGAUAUCUCGACACCCCUUCAUCGGAUCCAUCCGCACCCCGUCCUCUCACUAUUCUAGCAGCUUCAGGCCCAUUCACACCUGACACUGCUCUCGACUUUUCCGCAUUGCAGGCUCUCCUCGACACGGCUGUUUCCAGCGUCGCUGACGCUUUAAUACUGACAGGACCAUUUCUAGAUGCCGAGCAUCCUCUCGUUCGUAGCGGAGAUUUCGACCUCCCAGCAUCAGCCACAAACCCUGAUCAAGCCACCAUCACGGACGUGUUUCGGCAUUACAUUAGCAAGCCUAUGCAGGCUUUCUCAGCACAGCUACCUAUCUGUACUAUUAUUCUUGUUCCAUCACUUAGGGACGCUGUACAUCGCCACGCAGCAUGGCCGCAGGACAAACUUCCGAAGAAGGAACUUGGCCUUCCACGUCAGGCCCAUGUCGUCACCAACCCAAUGACCCUUACAAUCAAUGAGUUCGUCGUUGCUAUGAGCAGUGUGGAUACUCUCGACAUGCUUCGCAGAGAGGAAUGCGUUGGUGGGAAAGCAAAGGCUAUCCCUCUUCUUGAGCGUGGCGCAAGGAGUGUGAUAGAACAGCGUAGUUUCCUUCCCAUCUUUCCCCCUACUGGACGGGAGAACAUGCCACCGGUAGCUGCACUGCCUGGUGGGGAGAAGUUCAUCAACAAAAGAGACGACGAGGAGGAAGCCAGCAUGCCUUCGCCAUUCCUGCCUCUUGGAGCUAUGGUCGAUACGAGCUACAUGAAGCACGGGGAGUGGUUGAACGUGAGGCCAGAUAUCUUUAUCUCUCCUUCUGUUUUGAGUCCGUUUGCCAAAUUCAUCGAAACUAUUCUCGUCGUCAAUCCCGGCACUCUCUCGAAACGGAGAUCGGCCGGAACGUAUGCAAGACUAACUAUUCUCCCUGCUUCGUUGACCGAUGAGGAAAAGGAAGCUGGGGUAAGCGUCGCGCACAAGAUGUGGGAGAGAACAAGGGUGGACAUUGUACGGAUUUAGAGGAAGAGUCUGAUCUACUUCUUGCCGUUGGCGUCUAAACUGGACAAUGGCGUUGGCAUGUUCGCAAGGAUGGUGUUGGAUACAAGGCGUUUCUAUUUUUUGUUUACGGCGAAUUUGAUUCGCCCUUGGUCCUGGAUUGAACACAAACAAAUGCAAGUCAGCCGAGCAGAUCGGAAUAUUGCCUACUUCCUCUCAUCCGGGGAUCCCAGCUUGCCACCAGGCGCCACCUUGCUUGGGUGGCCGAAUGAACUGCAAUCGGCCCGAGCUCAAAGGACAGGACCUCAAAACCUACCUCUUCCCCACACCUCCAUGAUCUCUUACAGCCUUACCCAUAUCUAGAGCAG